UCUGGCUGCUCUCCAUGUGAUACUGAUGGGAGGAGGGCUCCUAAAAGUGAACCUACAGACCCGUUUCAACACUUUCCAAAGCAGACAACCCUCGGGACGGACUGCAGGGCGCAUUUACUCGGGCUGUUGGAUACCUACUUCCUUUUGAACGCUCGUUAUUUGACUAAGAGUGGGGAAACAGCGACGUUAUUCACCAUGGGAGCGACACCAUCCGUGCAGCGGGACGCGAUGAGCCCUGAAGAUGCGCCAGAGGACAUCGGCGCGGAGCUCAGCGACACUCAGGAUGGAGAAAACGUAGACGGCAAGCCUCUUCAGAAGAAUGGACAGAUCUCCAUUUCCAGUCUUAAUGGGAAGACAGAUGAUCAGACAGAGUAUAAUGGCCACACAGAGGAGAACCCACCGGUUGACGUUGGCCAGACGGAAACCAUCACCCAAAAAGAAGACAGCCCUGAAACAAUUGAGGUUCAUCAAGAAGAGGUUGCCCCUCAGGUUAAUGGAGAGAAAGGAGACGAUUCUGCAAAUGCAGAUGAAAUUACAACCACAGAAGAGAAGGCAGUAGAGGAAAAACAAGAGGAGGCCAAUGAGGUGGGCUUCAAGAAGAUCUUCCGUUUCGUUGGAUUCAAGUUCACACUGAAGAAAGACAAGAAUGAGAAGACUGAGCCUGUGCAACUGCUGACAGUGAAGGAAGCAGAGAGUGGUGCAGAUGAAACUUCUGAGGAAAAGAAAGAGGAAUCUGCAACAGAGGAAGACAAAUCUAUGGAAGACAAAUCACCAGAAACUACAGAAAAAGAGCAAGAGGCCACGACUGAAGAGGUGACUGAUAAGGCAGAAGAACCAGCAGACCAAACUGUAGUUGAUGCCCCAUCAGAGACUGAUGAAAAGGUCAGUGAGGAGGUGACUGAAAAAUCUGGUGAAGAAAUGGGGACAAUAUCAGAGAAAGAACCAGACCCAGAAGCGCCAGCUGAAUCGCCCACAAGUCCACCCUCUCAAGAGACACAGAGUCCCUUUAAGAGAUUUUUCACUCAGGGAAUCUUUUCUAACCUGCGGAAGAAGGCAAGCUUCAAAAAGCCCAAAGAUGAGGAACAGGUCAAGGAAAAGUCUGCAGAGGAGGACAUUAAGGAAACUGAGGAGACAGUAGAGGGUGUUAUUGAGGGUACAGAGGAACCUAAAGUGGAUGCAGAGAAAGAACCAUCUGAGGGUGAGCAGAUAGAGAAACCUUCAGAAAAGGCUGACACUAAAGCUGAAAUGACAACUGAAACAACUUCCACUGAGACGGAAGAGCCACAAGAACUUAAAGUAGAAGCUGAGGCUACAAGUGAAGCUGAAACUCUGACUCAGACUGAGACUGCUGAAGCUCCAGCUGCUGAAACUGCUGUUGAAGCUCAACCCACCGAUGAUUCAAAACCAACAAGUGACAAGCCAGAUGUUUCAGAAGCAGCGACAACUGAAGCUGAAAUCCUGUCAUCUCAGGAGAAAUCCAAGGCUCAGGGAAGCCCACUUAAGAAGCUGUUUACAGGAGCAGGGCUAAAAAAGCUGUCAUCCAAAAAGCAGAAGAAUAAAAAAGAAGCAGAGUCAAAGCAGACAGAAUCAAGUGAACCAGUUGUUGAAAACAUCCAGUCAUCCACUGAGUCAGCUGAGCCCCAGAAACCUGACAGCGGAGCAUCUUCUCCAGAAGAAUCUGGUGAGCAUCUUGUAGGGGAGGUACCUCAAGCUGAGGUGGCUCAAGCUGAGGUGGCUCAAGCCGAGGUGGCUCAAGCUGAGGUGGCUCAAGCUGCAGAGACUGAGGGUGAACCAGUCACUUCUGACAGUGAGAAGAAGAAAGAUGGAAUUUUACCUUGGUCCUCUUUCAAAAAACUAGUCACUCCAAAAAAACGUGUCAAAAGGCCUUCUGAGAGCGAAGAUGAAGCACCUGGAGACAAACCCAAAUCUUCUACCCUAUCUUCAACUGAGAGUGCUGUAUUUGAUGAGAAAACUGAUGAGCCUAAACCUUCUGAAGAGGUACCAUCUGAGUCUAAAGAAGAGUCACAGGCUGAAUCAAAGGCUGAGCCAAAAGUUGAAAAGCCUGAACCAGCUGCAGAGGAACCAAAAAGAAAAAUGGAUACAUCUGUGUCCUGGGAAGCCCUUAUUUGCGUGGGGUCAGCUAAAAAAAGGGCCAGAAAGAUUUCUGAUUCUGAUGAUGAAGAACCUAAGAUUGAGGAAGAAGUGCAGCAGUCAGGAGAAGAGCAGACAAAGACCGCUGAGUCCCCUCUUGUAAGCUCUGGUGAAGCUGAUCAUGAGAAUUUGGCUUCUUCACCUGAACCAGAAGAAGAACUUGUGUCUACCUGGGAAUCUUUCAAGAGGCUGGUAACCCACAGAAAGAAACCUAAAGCAGAAGACAAGUCUGAUGAAGCCUCGGGUGCCGAACAUACAACCUCUGACAGUGAAGCCCCCAAAGAAGAAUCCUCUUUCUCUUUGAGGAAACUGAUUCCACGCAGGAAGAAGAAAUCUGAUGGUAAACAAGAGCAGAUCUCUUCUGACAUUGGCUCUGCAGAGGAUGAUUCUGACACUCCAGCUGUGGUCCCUCUUUCAGAAUAUGACAAUGAACCAGCUGCAGAAGUUGCGGUUAAGACAGAGGAAGUGAAGCAAGAAUCUGCACUAGUCACCCAGGCAAAAACCUCAGCUGAGGAUAGAUCACCAUCUUGGAUCUCAACCACUGUGGAAAAUGUUGAGGAUGAGACAGAGGGAAAGCAGUUGAGUGACAUACCCGAAGAAGGAGACACAGCUGCCACACCCAAAUCGACUGAUAACACUAUUGCAGAAGACAUUAUUGAGCUUACUUCAGAAGCUGUUACGGCCCUUGAACAAGUAGAGGAGACUGAAAUGGUUUCUGCUGCAUCCCGUGUUACAGCAUCACCAGUUACAUCAGGUGAGACAACUCCUGUCCCAGGUGAUGGUGUAGAGAAGAAGGCCGAUGUAGUACUACAAGAAGCUGUGGAAACUAUCAGUGUUACCACAAGUGCCAUGGCUUUCACCAUGACUAAGGAACAGGAAGAAGUAGUUGCAGUCACCACUGAUGCUCUUUUGGUCGAGUCAGCUAUCAAGGAAGAGAAAACAGUUUUGGUUGCACAUGAGAAAACAGAGGCAACUACUGUUUGCACUGGCCUUGACACUAGUGAAAUAAAGGUGGUGGUAGAAGAAAGCCUCACUCAGAAGCCUUCGGUGGAGUCGGUAACAAUUGUUAGCCAGGUGCUUGUCACAGAGUUGGCUGUUGAAGACAAAACACAGGAGCCUGAACAGGCCAGUAUGGCUGAGGAUGAGGUUCAUGAGGCUCAGAUGAGUGGAGGUCAGACAGAGCUCAAAGAAAAUGCAGUUGAGGAGAAAGCACAGUUUGAAGAGAUAAAGGAGACACCUGAAGCUGAGACUGUGACUGCUCUCCAAGAAGUAGCAGCAGUCAAAGUAGCGCUCAUCAAUGCUGUACAACAGGAACCAGAGUUUCUUGAAGAGCCGGUGGUGGCAGAAAAAUCCCCUCAGGUUGUGGCUGCAGGUCCUGUGGAACCAACUGUUGAAGAGUCGGUCUGUGCCCAAACUGUAGAAGUCACUGAAGUUGCUGUUGCUGAAGGUGAGAAAGUGCAAGAACUGGAGGAUGUUAAUGAAGCUAAAGCCACAGUUGAGGUAGCGUCUGUGGAGGGAGUUUCCAUGGCUGUAACAGAGGAGGUCAUGGCAACCCUUCCAGAGGUGCCUGCUUCUCAAACUGCUGGGUCUACAGAAGAUCCCAUUCCUAUUGUAGCUGCCACUGAAGAAUUUGCAGUCAUCAAAGAGACUGUUUGUGUUACAAGCUCAACAUCUGAGACAACAGAAUCCUAUUCAGCAGAUCUAACUUGUGAAACUGUUAUGGAAAAGGUUCUUCUUGCUCUUCCCGCAGAUGACCACAAAAUCCAGGUUAAAGUGAAUGAUGCUGAGGUUAGCUCUACUCAAGAAGCUGUUGAGAGAAGCUUAAAAGUAACCUCAACGAAAGAUAGUGUGGUGGUUGAAGAAGUUAUUGAGAAUGUGAAAGAAGAGACUGAAGUGAUCCAGGCAACCUUAGUAACAGAAGCAGAAAUAAUUGAGAAACAGAGCAGUGUUAUUGUGCAAGAGGUCAUUCAAAAUGUUGUAGAGAACCUUGCUGAGGCACAUGCAGAACAAAAAGUGUCUACUGAGAAGGUAGAAAGCUGUACCACAUCAGUCGAUGUCAAAUUUGAAGAGGCCCCAGUGGUUUCUGGAAUGAUUGAGGAAAAAACCUCAACAGAAGUCGUUUCGGAGGAAAAAGCUCCACUAGAAACAAGCCCAGAGAAGCCAAAAGCACCUGAUGCAUCAGAGAUCAAAGAUGAUGAUGAACAAACUCGCAUUGUUACUGAGAAACCAAUGAAAACAGUCAACGGCACCAUCCUGAUUACAGAAACAGUCACGGUUUCUAUCACAGAUGAAAUCCAACCUCAAAAUGAGGAGGUUGCCACAGUCUCUGUGGAAGAUGUGCAUCAUGAAACAGAGGUAACAAAAAGUGAAGUCGAACUUAAGCAAGCAGAAGAGAAAAAGCUUAGCGGGACAACAGAAAGUGAAGAAGGAAAAAGUCAAGUUGAAUCACGCCCCAAGGAAGUGCCAACAGAAAUCCAGCAAGAGACACAAGCUUCAGAGGUUUCAGAAGCCAUACCAGGAGAAAAGAUGACAGAAACAUCUGUUAUAGAUGCAAUUCAAGACCAGAUUGUGGCUGAGCAGUGUCAAAUGGCACUGGAGGCACAGAUUGAGACUGCACAGGAAUUUAAUGUUGGUGUCAUAAAUGUCAUAAAUGCAGAUGAUGUACCUGUUCAAAACACUGAGACAAACAUGAAAGAAGAAAGUUCAGAGGGCCAGGAAUCAGUAGAAGAAAAGCCUCAAAAAGACUUGGAAGAACCUCAAACGGAGGUUUCAACACAGGACACGACAAACCAGGGAGAGUCAAGAGAUCCAGACUGUCAAAAGACAGAUGCUAAAAAUGUACCUGCCAAACUGGAGACCGCUACUGAGAAGACAGCAAAUGCCAUUGCAGUGGAGGAGGUGAUGGAGGAGGUCGGGAAUGAGAUCGAGCCAGUCUCCUCAGAGGUUCACACAGUGUCAUGAGCAGUCUGCAUGUAAAAAGUGGUCACAUGACUGGGGCACAGAGCUUUCCGGAAAGCAAGAAGUGAGUGGCAGCCAUGGAGGACACUAAGAGACGGUGCUCUGUACCAACUCCCAGAGCAAGAGACUCUAGGCCAAUCUCCCUUCUCUCUUUCUCUUUUAAUCCAUCCAUUCAUCCCUCUUACCCUUUUUCCAAAUUCCCCAUAACUCUCAGCUGCCAUAUCACGAGGUCUCUCGCCUCACUGGACUCAUUGAGGGAUGUCCCCUACUCCCAAUUUCCUGUAUUUUGCCAAACUGCAUCAGAUGCCAUUUUCCCACCUGUAACUUUUUGUGAUGAACAUUUUCUUUUUUUAUUAGUUGUCAGCAGUCUGUCGAAUGGAGAGUUUAUCUAUGUGUGGUUCUUGUCUGAGCGUAUGUGUGUCUGUGGUGUUGCAGUAGGAGGGUUGUUUUUUGUAUAUUGUAUUUAUAUCUAACAUAUUCUCUCAACCCUCUCAAACCGUCUAAAACAACCAUUUAAAUCAUUAUCAUGCUGGUGUAAAACUACAAAAUACUUAGACGAGUAAUUUUAACAAACAUGGUACAGAUACACCCGCUAUAGCUAUAGCAAAUGAAAAUGUGCAUAAUGUGCUGUGGCUGUAAUGUGAAAAUGAGGUAAAAUUCAGUGAACUCUGAAACACAAUAUCCAGCCAUUAUCAUCUCCAUUCUCACUGUAGAUAUACCACUUCUUUGUCCCUUACUGUGAAAUGUUCUUUUUGUUAUGUAUAUUUAUCAUGUACAAUCACGAUGAAUGAUUUCACCAUUAAUGUGUGACAUUUGAGAUUUUAAGAGUCUGAUGUUCAAUUUGAUUUGCUUUUAGUGGUACCCUGUGAAAAUAGAUGAUCACGAUGAUAACAAACGCCUGCAUGACUAGGGAACGUUUAGAAAAGGACAUGUUAUUGUCCUCAACGUACAUGUGCACAUCACUGUUUAACAGCCUUAGCGAAUGCAUGUUUCAACACCAAAAAUGCACCUGAGGUUAAAAGAAAAUUGUGAGAUAAUUGUGCGAGGAGAAUUGUAUUAAUGCCAUGUAUUGGUAAACUCUCCAACACAGGCUACGCGUGGUUUUAAUUCACAGAUAUGUGGGUAUUCAGAAAUAUAGUAUAGAAUAGUUUUCGCAUUCCUAAUCUCUGUAUCAAGGACUGUUAUUUCUUUGAAAGACGUGGUAGAUGCCUUAUUGUCAGUCUCUUUGAAAUGAGUAUAUUAUAGCCAUACAUGCAGACAGGGUUUAAAGGAAAGCAUUUCAAAAUCAAAUGUAAAUGAGUGGCAGUUGUGUAUUUGGAUGAAGAUGGUGGCAAAUCGUAAAGGAAAAUUUAGUACAAGUAAAAUCAGGUCUUUGAACUCUAACAAAGAGUUUUUUUUUUUGUUUUUUUUAAUGAAAAUACAUAUGCCAAAAUUCGAGCAGUCGAAAUGUGUACUGGUUAACGUUCAGAAAGCCUGCAAAUGACAGACUGCACAGGGUGCAUUAUCUUGAAUAAAAAAAUAAAAUAAAAACAGCUUUGCUACUAGUCACGCUUUGAAUGAACAGCUCACUCACAUUCUUUUCUUAGCUUUUUAUAAUACAGUCUACUGUGAAGCUCCUUUAACAUUUGUACAAAUUGUAUACCUGUGUACCUUAAGUCAUAUUGUAAUAUUAACAAAUAACCAAUGAAAGCAUUAAGGAAUGUUAUAUACCAGUAGCAUGAGCCUCACCUCUUUUUGUAUUCUUCAAGCUGUUAAUAGUAUGGAUUCAAAAUCAUGUCUAUAUUUCAUUCAAAUAAAGCUAGUGUAAAUCAA